AUGUCGACUUACGCCCUUUCCGAGAAGCACCGCGAUAAGUCUCUCGUCGAGACCGACCCUGAGAUCGCCGAGAUCAUGAAGAAGGAGAUUCAGCGCCAGCGCGAGUCUAUCCUCCUGAUUGCCUCGGAGAACGUCACUUCGCGCGCUGUCUUCGAUGCCCUGGGUUCGCCCAUGAGCAACAAGUACUCCGAGGGCUACCCCGGUGCCCGCUACUACGGCGGCAACGAGCACAUUGACGCCAUUGAGCUCACUUGCCAGGCUCGCGCCCUCGAGACCUUCGGCCUUGACUCUGAGAAGUGGGGUGUCAACGUCCAGUGCUUGUCCGGCUCUCCCGCCAACCUCCAGGUCUACCAGGCCAUCAUGCGUCCUCACGACCGUCUGAUGGGUCUCGACCUGCCUCACGGUGGUCACUUGUCCCACGGUUACCAGACUCCCCAGAGANAAGUAAGUGAUUGGUUCCCCUCAAAUCAUUCAAGAAGCCUUCCUCUAAUACUCUACAGGAUCUCUGCUGUUUCCACCUACUUCGAGACCUUCCCUUACCGCUGCAACCUCGAGACUGGCCUCAUCGACUACGAGCAGCUCGAGCAGAACGCUCUCAUGUACAGACCCAAGGUCAUCGUUGCCGGUACCUCUGCCUACUGCCGUACCAUCGACUACAAGCGCUUCCGCGAGAUUUGCGACAAGGUCGGCUGCUACCUCAUGGUCGACAUGGCCCACAUCUCCGGUCUGAUCGCUGGUCGCGUCAACGACUCUCCCUUCCCCUACGCCGACAUCGUCACCACCACCACCCACAAGUCGCUCCGUGGCCCCCGUGGUGCCAUGAUCUUCUUCCGCAAGGGUGUCCGCAAGACCGAGAUGAAGGCCGGCAAGGAGAUCCAGACCCUCUACGACCUCGAGGGUCCCAUCAACUUCUCCGUCUUCCCUGGUCACCAGGGUGGUCCUCACAACCACACCAUCACUGCUCUCGCUGUUGCCCUCAAGCAGGCUCAGUCCGACGAGUUCAGACAAUACCAGCAGCAGGUCAUCAAGAACGCCAAGGCCCUGGAGGUUGAGUUCAAGGAGCUCGGCUUCACCCUUGUCACUGGUGGUACCGACAACCACAUGGUCCUCAUUGACUUGAAGCCUUUCUCCCUUGACGGUGCCCGUGUUGAGGCUGUCCUCGAGCAGAUCAACAUUGCCUGCAACAAGAACACUACCCCUAGCGACAAGUCUGCCCUGACUCCUUACGGUAUCAGAAUUGGUGCCCCCGCCAUGACCUCUCGUGGUAUGGGCGAGGACGACUUCAAGCGCAUUGCUGGCUACAUUGACCAGGCCAUCAAGGUCUGCAAGUCUGUCCAGGCCGACCUGCCCAAGGACAACAACAAGCUCAAGGACUUCAAGGCCAAGGUCGCCUCUGGCGAGGUUGAGGAGAUCAAGAAGCUCAAGUCUGAGAUCGCUCAGUGGGCCACCACCUUCCCCCUGCCCAUCUAA